CUGUGUUCAUCAAGUUAUAGCAAUUUGUAUUGUUUUUUUCUCUUUGUGGUGUCUUUUAUUUGUUCCUUGAAAAUAAUAACUCGCAAUUUAUAUUUACUCAAACUUAUUGAAUUAUUUUGUACACUUUUCUUUCUUGUGAAUACGAAGUCCAGUUGUUUAAUUUGGAAAACCGGAAAUGUUUCCCAUUGACAAUGCUACAUCAUCAUCGUCAUCCUCAAGGACAAUUUUUAUCAAUCCAAAUUUCAAUAAACUUCCUACAACGCAUAUAAAUCCCAAAUUCCUGCAAGCCCAAUCAAAUCCCUCAAUACAUGUCAACCCUAAUUUCCUAGCCAAAGAAAUUUUACAAAGAAAUCUAUCAAAUGUUCAACAAACUCCUCCUGCGCCUGCCAUUACGCCACCACCCAAAUACCAGCUGUUGCAACAAAAAGCAACAGUUCCUCCCGUCACAGCCCUACUGCCCAAUAAAAUCAUAUCAAAAUCUAGAACGAAAAUUGUCAGAGUGCCAAUGAAUCCAACACCCAUCAACAGAACCACAAUAACUCCAAACCCAAUAGCAAAGAAACCCAAUCCAAUGCCUAGUCCUGGUCUGGUCAAAAUCGGUCUAAGAAAACUCAUCCGACCAACAGCGCCAGUCAGUGUAAAACCAAAACCAGUUAUUGUUCCCAGUAGUGCCCCACAAGCAAAGUACAAAAUCGACCGAAGGAUUCUCACUGCCAGCAUACCCAUCCGCAAGAGAAAGACUUCCUUCACUGGACGCUAUGCUCUCAGAAGGUCGUCGGACUCGCUUUCAAAAAAAGUAAUUUCGAGAUUUAUCAAACGAAAUUCUGUUGCCUUGAAAUUCUCGAAGGUGCCAUUUAAGACAACUUCAAUUGUUUCUAAAAAUCUACAACUUCUCAAUAUCAAUGGGGUUCUGUACAAAUCAACCAGGAAUAAACUGGAACGAAAGGAUGUCUCCAAAGUUGUUAAACCUGUAAAUGCUUCGAUUCCGAAGAAAGCCACAGGGGAACGGGCUAUCUUCGUUCGAGGAACCAAGUACCUAUUGGACAAGAGUGGUUUCAAUCUGACCAGAGUAGCCACCGCCAAGCCAUCCACAUCCCAGAUGAAGUCAAUGAGACGUAUCGAUAUUGGUGGCUUGACCUAUGUUGCCAACUCCAAGAACGUGCUGGUACGCACAGAUAUGCAUUUGACUCGAAGCCAUGUGAGCAACGCCAAACAAAAGAGUCUGCAUUUGCUGUCGCGAAGGUUCGUCAAGACCAACAUCCCUUGUCCCAUUUUCCAACGAGUGGGCAAGUGUGCGUCCUUCGAGCGAGGAAAAUGCAUGAAAGUUCAUGAUAAACUACACGUGGCCAUCUGUCCCAGAUUCCUCCGAGGAGAAUGUCUCAAUUCGUCCUGUUUACUCUCGCACAACGUAUCACUGUCCAAAAUGCCUGUUUGUAAAUUCUUCCUCCAAGGAUGUUGUGUCCGCGAAGAUUGUCCCUAUCUGCACAAAAAGCUCAGCGCAAAGGCAGAAGUGUGUAUUGACUUCCUCAAAGGUUUCUGUAAACUUGCCGAAAAGUGUAAUAAACGACAUGAGUUCGUCUGCCCAGACAUGGAGACCAAAGGUAAAUGCGAGAAAGUUAAGUGUGUCUAUUGUAGGAAGCAACAAAUGUCGUUGAACAACAAAAGAGAAAUCCAGCCAAAAAAAGUUAUUUCUCUCACUGGUAAAAGCAACAUUUCUAGCAUAGAAGAACUCCCAAGUGUUGCACCCAGUCGGGCAAAAGAAGCUAUCGAAGAACCAACCUUAGGUGGCCGAUAUUUUGCUGCAUCAAGGAAUUCAGCUGAAUUAGGUGAGAUAGGUAAAGUUUCAGAAAUAAAUGAGAGUGUUGCAGAUGAGGAAAGUGACACUGCUGGUGAUGAUGAUGAUGAUAGUGAGAUGGAAGAAGAGCUGACAAAUACCAGCAGUGUUCCCAAAAGAUCACGUCCCCAGUUGGGAGAGUUACCUGCUUUUAUACCAUUUUCAUAAUAAUAAAAAAUAAAAACAAAAUAGUUCAAUAAAAUAAAAUAAAAAAAAAGAAAAAACAAAAAACAUUUAAAAAAAAAGCUUGAACACGAGUUUUUCAAUGAAACACUUGAAAACUCGAAAGCUCUGUGAUUAAAGCUUUGAAGUACAACAUAGAUUUUUAUUUCUUAACUUUUACUUUAGAUAAAUAAAAUGGGUUUUAUUAAAAAAAA